AUGGAAUCUCUACCUGCUAGCUUCAAAAGUUUAUAUCGCCUCGUGUUACGGUCGUGCUCAGCAACCGUUCUGCAUCAGCCCAAGGCCACACGACAUCUGCGUUUGAUAUACCGACCCGUGUUCGAUGCAGCGUCCAUGAUGAUGCACGAAUAUCAUCGCGAUGGAACGAACCAGGAGAGGAAGGAGGAGAUUGCGAAAUGGUUUGCGGUCUGGAAUUUGAGGAUGGACCAGACUCUCGAUUUGCUGUACAACUCUAGUCAGACGCGAGGCCAGCCGCACGAGGUCACGAAGAACCUGUCCUUCUUGGUCCAUUCUGAGAAGAGAAGGCAAUGGGACAUUGAGUUUGAAUAUCCUGUCUGGGAUGCUAAAGCCACGCCCACACCUGCCCAGACUACCAAGGCAUACAAACGGCUUGAGAAGCGCAAACUCACUCACCAGUUCAACGACAAUAGUCUUGGCGCUUUGACUGAACUUGUACAAAUGGCAGAAGGCCGUGACGACCUUUGCCUCGGACGUUGUGUAUUCCGAGGUUUUAGCUGA